GUAGCGAGAGUGAUGGUGGGAGGAACUAGUCGUGCCCGCUGAUGUCGGCCUGGCGCCAGCCUCACUCGCCCUGGCCCUACCUGGCGGGGGUCCUCGCCGCCCUCCUCCUGCCGCUCCUGGGGCCAGCAGCCGCCCACCAGCUCGCCCCAGGGGUGGUACCCUCAGGGGGGCGCCGUGCCCUCGUCACGGUGGCCGUCCCCAAGCAGGACCGCCACGGAAAGUACACGGAGCAGGAGGUUACAGUGUGGGGCUCCUUCUCCCCUCUGGCAGCGGCGGCCCCGGCCGAGGGCAAGUUCAUACAGAUGCACCCGGUGGCCCUGUGCGAGAGCCAGCGGGCGGACGGCCUGGACUACGAGUUCGGGUGGGUGGGCUUUCUCAAGCCGGAGCCCGUCCCCAGCCUGCCCAAGAAGUGCCGCUCUGUCUACGAGAUGAACACCCUGGCCCAGCAAGCCAAGCGCGCGCUCUCCCGCAUGGAGUGCAGGAGAUACAAGGACAAGAAGAAGGAUGACAAACACAUCGUUAAAGUCAAACUCAAGAAGAAGGUGAAACUUACUACGGGUGAAGGUGGAGGCGGAGGUUGUGGUGGAGGUGGUGGAGAAGAUGGGGGAGGUAGUGGUGGCGAAGGUUGUAAAGCUGGAGAAGACCAAGACGAAGAGGACGAAGAGGGUAGCCACGAGAUAUCAGUCCUCUCUGAAGGUCCUGAGGUGUGUGUGGUGUGUCUGGAGGAGUACCGCCCCCACCAGGAGCUACGCGUCCUGCCCUGUAAACAUGAGUUCCACCGCGCCUGCGUCGACCCCUGGCUGCUCCAGCACCGCACCUGCCCCCUCUGUAACUACAACAUUAUAGAGGGCUGCUACGAGAGUCCGCCGGCUACCUGUGCCUCGGGCUCAUCGUUGACCCACGGCGCCCACCUCUACAGCAUGCCAGCCCACGCCCAGUACGUGCUGGCCCCCUCCAACCCCGCCCACGCCUGCGGGCACCCGGGGUGCGCUGUUCAUGCUGGCCUGGGAGGGGCUAUACCCGGGUAUGCCGGCCUCGGCUACAGUCCGCUUCCCCCGGGGUAUAUCAGCCCUCCACCGGGGUAUACUAGUCCUAAUAUCGGGUAUGCCAGCCCCGACCCUGGGUAUACGGGUAUGGUGAGUGGGUACACCAGUCCCACUGUUGGGUAUACUAGUCCUGCAGGUGAAUACAAUACCCCCACGAGCGGGUACAUGAGCCCCAGUGGUGGGUACUCAGUGUCGCGAGGUGGACAUACCAGCCCCCGCGGUGGGUACCUCGGCACCACAGGCGGGUAUUGUGGUUCGGUGAGCGGGUAUGGUAAUCCAGUUGGAGGAUAUGGGGUGGUACCAAUGUGUGGAUAUGGCUCAGGUGGUGCGGGUAGUGGAUGCGGAUUGGGGUGUGUGGGUAUUUGUCAUCAUGACUCGUCGCUUCUCCACGACGCCUGCCUCAUGUACCCACCAGCCCCUACCCACAACCCACGAUGUGGUCACGCCCACACGCAGCCGCCUCACGCCCACGCCGCCCACCCUCAACCUCCGGGAUCCAGCAGUGAAGAGGCGGAACACCAGUUUGUGAGCGUUGAGGUUCAACAUCAUCAUGGUGCAGCUGCCAGUAGUGGUAGCAGUGGCCGUGCCACCUGUGGUUCUUCCAACACAAGUGCCAACACCAGCACCACCACCUGUCCACGACCCGUCACAUUCCAGGCUGGUUUGGGGGGACGUGGACCCCUCCCAGCAGCCCCCUUAAGUCAGGAACAGCUGGAACCUUUUCUUGCAGCUCUUGCAGCACUUCAGGAGGAGCAACGGUGUGGCAAUAGUGAGACAAGUGACUCCUCUUCUCUGGAUAAUUUGUCUUGUGAGGUCCACCCACCCACCACACCUCGUACCUCUCUUGAAUCCCUGCAGGAACGUAUACCUCGACUCCGCCAACCUCGACUUCGCCAUGGCCAUGCCUCGGAUGGGUCACCAGGGGUAGAUGAAGGAAGACUUCACAUUAGCAAGCGAGGGCUGCGUCGAGCCACUUGGUGCAGUACAGGCAUUAGCCUAGUACACUCAAUGGAUCCCCCUGGGUCCCUUGGGAAUUCCAUAGCAGUGCAGCAGCCUGACGAAGCUGCACAGAUUGCAUUAGGAACCCAUCUUGUUACCUUUCAAGUAGCUAGCGGAGCUGCAAAAAUUACUGCUGAUAGUAGUAGUGGAGGUGAGGCACACAAAGCUGGUAGACGACCCCAGUUUGUACCUAUUUCCCAGACAGCAACACUACACCUCAAACAAAACCUCCAGGAUCCUCCUAGAAUCUCAACACAUUCAGAUGGUAGUUCAGGGCCACAGUUAGAAGUAACGUGACGUAUGGACUAUCACUGUCCCCAAUUAUCCCUCGCUGGAACUCGGCACACAAGUGCAUUGUGAUGUGUGCUUCGUGCAAAACAUUUUACAUCAUGACUGUAAAAUGUUAAUUAAAAGACUGGUGCAGAAGCAGUAAAAGACUAAUAAUAAAAAAUAUAUUGGACCACUAGUCAAUUUUAUAUAUAUAACAGUACCAAUAUAUGUUUUGUUUAGAACCCAGUUAACCUUAAUCUUUUAUCCAGGAUGUUUAUACUGUAUUCAUAUAAAUGUUUAUUCCAUGGUUCAGCUGUGUACUGUACAUACCAUAGGAAAUAUAUAAAUGUGAAUGUCAAGUGCCCAGGCAUAACAGAGUUGUUAGUUGUCUUUAUGUAUUCUAUUAAAGAUCCCCUUAAAAGUGGAAUGAAAGUCUAGAUUACCAACGUAUAAUGAUGAGCAAGUUAGUUAAUGAUUAAUGCAUUUUAAAUGGUUUAACAAUGAUUCAUAGGUAAGGAAAUGACAAUGUACCUAGUAAUAAAAUACAAAAAUGAACAAGAAAUAUUUUGAAGGAAAUAUGUAAAAGUACAAAUUAAUUAGUUGUUGUAAAUCUUAAAUUUCAGUAACAGUGAAUUUAAAGUAAUAAAAUGUAGGUAGCAUGUUACUUAGAAUCUCAAACAAUAUUCAAAGUUUUGUGCACAUAAUAAUUUGUAAUAAAGCAAGAUUAAAUUUUAAAGGAUAAGUGUAAAUUCAAUCAGAUAAUUUUAUUUUAUUUGUGGAAAUUCCUUUGUGUAAACCAAUCAAAUUCACGAAGUGAGGUGUGCAUGUAGGACACUUGUAAGUUCCAGAAAUUUUGAUUUAAAAACUUAUUAUAGUGUAACAAACACAGCAAGUGUAUUAACUUGUUCAUUUUUUUUACCAAAGUUUGGGGAGAGCUCUUUCUCAGGUUGAAAAGAAACCGAAAUGAGAAUAAUGGAUCUCGUGGACAAAUUGACUUUCCCAACACUUAAGCUCUGGCAUUUCAGGUUAAGGUGUAGAAAGGUUAGCAUGCCAGUCAAUGUGACACUUGCAGCAUGUUCCGUUUUCAGUGUUAGGAAAGUGCUCAUAUGGUUCAUGAGGGCUAAUCUGGACACUUUUGAGACAUGCUUCAGAAAUGCAAGGUUUCAAGAAUUCCAGUGCUAUAUGCACUGUUGUACAAGCCAUGCAAACUGUAUCGUAAGCCUAGUACAAGACAGAUUCACUAGAACCAAAGAGACAAUAGUCACCUCAUUAAACAUUUUCUAGUCCUUGUGUGUGUUUUUGAAACUCGGAUACAUUUCAUGUGGAUCAGGGCUCAAGAUAACUAGAUGUAUAUAGUGUUGGAAAAUGAAGACUGAAUUAUCCAAUAGGUGAUCUCUACAGAUUCCAUUACCAUAAAGAAGAAAAAUUUUUCCUUGCUUUUCUGUAGGAUCUACUUCCUGUUCUAUAUGUAUUAAAAAAUCUACCUACAAGUACAGUGUACUAACAUUGAUUUUUCAUUGCAUAUAGAACAUAAGAUUAUUUCUAUAUGAAUAUAUUGAGAAGUGCAUAGUAAACUGCCAAGUACUUGUAGAUGAUAAAGUUUUCUCUAAAUUUAUAUAAGAUUGUAAUAUUGAAUAAUGGAAAGGAAUAUAUAUUAGCUGAAUAUAUUCAAAUUGUUCUUCAUGUAUAAUAUUCAAAUAUCCUUGUAAAAUUCUAACAACCUGAGCAAACAAGCAAACAAACCAUUAGGCCUGUCAAAUCUGACAGAUUUUGGUGUGCUCAGUGUAUAAAAACUAGCAUAUUCUAUCCUCAUGCCCUGAGGAAAUGACCAUACAGUAUUCAGUUUCUCUGAUAAUGUUUCAAAAUUCACCUCCAUCAAUGCAAUGCUCAUUAGCUACUCCCAGUAAAUAUAUUAUUUAAAUAAAAAGGGUGAAGUUUAAAGUUUUAUGAAUGUCACUGCUAAGGUGCAUAAUAUAACUAAAUUUUGGCCUACUAAUAUACUAUGGGUAGAUUGCAGGCAUAUUUCCUCAAUACUGUUUUUGCAACAGAAACUACUGCAUCUUUGAUCCACAACCUAACCUAAGUGCCUUUACAUGCAGUUCAAGCAUUUAUAACAUUAAGCGUUCUAGUUCUAAGUUUUAAGGUGAAUUAGCUCAUAAGUUCUGAUAUGUAUGUAUAAAGUGUGAGGAACUUUUGUCUCAAUAUACCAUACCAUAUAUGAAUGAAGUUAGUGAUUCCUGGCUCAAAUAUUUAGAAAAUCUCAAUACAUGUAAUCAAAUUUACCAUCAAAUAUUGAUGGGAAAUUAGAUAUGUAACAUUGUAGAUAACUAAAUAAAUUUUCUGUGGUAAUAUUUAAGUCAGAGUGUAGUUUACAGAUAUUGUAUAGUUUUAUAAAGUAAACCACAAGUCGGCAAGUAUUACCAUAACCAGGAAACAUUCAUGUACAGUUCUUCCCGCCUUGUCUGUAUAAAGGAUGAUGAAUAUUGAAAUGUCUUUGACUUGAAUGACAGGUAAUGAGAUGAGCAAUUUGAAUCCUCUCCAAAUUUUUAAUUUGGGCUCUUCCCUCCUGUACUAGUUAAGGUAGUUAUCAGGAGAAAGCACUAACCCAGUGUGACUAUAGUCAUACUGACUUAGUGACACUUGAAUGGGAUGAAAGAAUGAGGCCCAACCUUUUGAACCAUCAGGGAUCAAGCACAGACCGGGUAUGAUACAAGGCCUUCACUUGACUGACCAGUCAAAGUGGACAGACCCCUCUCUUGCACAAGAGAAAGUGAGCUAAUGUACUACUGUAUUUUAGCCUCAAAUUGCUUCUCUCAUCACAUAUGCUGUUAGUAUUUCCGAAGAGGUGCUAUAUGAUCUAUAUUUUUUAUUGUUCUUGUUGCAUGAACUAGUGUAAAUUUAAUAUAUUUUGUACUUGUUGUACAUUUCUCAUAUAAUUUAUUAUAAGUUAUAUAUUAAAUAAAAGGAAUUAAAUA